AAGACUGAGGCGGGCUCUCUGCCGGAGGGGAAGGUGAAGAUCAAACUGGAACAUGACGGGACAGUACUGGACGUAGAUGAGGAUGACGUGGAGAAGGCGAAUCCCCCGUCGUUUGACCGCUCUGAGGACCUGGCCUCGCUGCAGUACCUCAAUGAGUCCAGUGUGAUGCACUCCCUGCGGCAGCGCUAUGGGGGAAACCUCAUCCACACACACGCCGGGCCCAACAUGGUCAUCAUCAAUCCCCUCAGCGCUCCCUCCAUGUACUCAGAGAAGGUGAUGCACAUGUUUAAGGGGUGCAGGAGAGAGGACACGGCACCUCACAUCUACGCGGUGGCCCAGUCGGCCUACAGGAACCUGUUGACCACGCGUCAGGACCAGUCCAUCGUGCUGCUGGGGAAGAGCGGCAGCGGCAAGACCACCAACUGUCAACACCUGGUCCAGUACCUGGUCUCCAUCGCUGGCAGCACCGGAAAGAUCUUCUCUGGAGAGAAGUGGCAGGCAGUAUACACCAUCCUGGAAGCAUUUGGGAACAGCUCCACCUCCAUGAACACCAACGCCAGCCGCUUCUCUCAGAUUGUCUCUCUGGACUUCGACCAGGCUGGCCAGGUGGCCUCCGCAUCCAUACAGACCAUGCUGCUUGAGAAGCUGAGAGUGGCCAAACGGCCAGAGACUGAGUCCACCUUCAACGUCUUCUACUACAUGAUGUCCGGAGCUGACAGCACUCUCAGAACGGAGCUACACUUUAACCACUUUGCAGAGAACAGCGCCUUCGGAAUUGCGCCUCAGUCUAAACCGGAGGACAAACAGAAGUCAUCUCAGCAGUUCACCAAGCUGCAGGCAGCCAUGAAGGUGCUGGGCAUCUCAGUGGAGGAGCAGAGGGCUCUGUGGCUCAUCCUGGGGGCCAUCUACCACCUGGGGGCAGCAGGGGCCACCAAAGAGGCUGACGAAGCUGGCCGUAAGCAGUUUGCCCGUCAUGAGUGGGCCCAGAAGGCAGCCUACCUGCUGGGCUGCACCUUGGAGGAGCUCUCCUCUUCCAUCUUCAAGCACCAGGCCAAGGGGCCCAUGCAGAGGUCCACCUCCUUCCGUGGGGGGCCUGACGAGGCCGGCGCAGGAGACAGCUCAGGCUCUAAGAUCACAGCCCUGGAUUGUUUGGAGGCCAUGGCUUCAGGCCUGUACUCAGAGCUCUUCACCCUCGUUAUCUCCCUUGUCAACAGAGCUCUGAAGUCCAGUCAGCACUCACUGUGCUCUCUGCUCAUCGUGGACACACCGGGUUUCCAGAACCCUCGCAUGGCCAAGCGCCAGCGUGGUGCCACCUUCGAGGAGCUGUGCCACAACUACGCCCAGGAACGCCUGCAGACCCUGUUCCACGAACGCACCUUUGUACAGGAGCUGGAGAGAUAUAAGGAGGAAAACAUAGAGCUUGCAUUAGAUGACAUAGAGUCCAGUACCUCAAUGUCUGUAGCAGCUAUAGACCAAGCAUCUACUCAAGCGCUGGUGCGCACCCUGGCGAGGACAGAUGAGGCUCGAGGUCUGCUGUGGCUGAUGGAGGAGGAGGCUGUGCAGCCAGGGGGCUCUGAGGACACUCUGCUGGAGAGACUCUUCAGUUACUACGGCCCUGACCAGGGGGACAACAAAGGACACGCCCUGCUCCUGAAGAGCGACAAGCCGCAUCACUUCCUGUUGGGCCACAGCCACGGGACAGACUGGGUGGAGUACGAUGCUCAGGGUUGGCUGAGCCACGCCAAGCAGAACCCCGCCUCCCAGAACGCUGCCACUCUGCUGCAGGACUCACAGAAGAAGAACAUCAGCAGUCUGUUCUCUAGUCGUAGUGGAGGGCCCACAGUGCUGUCUGGCUCUAUAGCAGGGUUGGAGGGGGGAUCUCAGCUGGCCCUCCGCAGAGCCACUAGCAUGAGGAAGACCUUCACAACCGGCAUGGCCGCCGUGAAGAAGAAGAGCCUUUGCAUCCAGAUCAAACUGCAAGUGGAUGCUCUGCUGGACACGGUACGCAGGUCCAGAGUUCACUUUGUCCACUGCCUACUGCCCAAGGCAGAUGCGGUGGGGGUGGGUGGGGAGCCGCGCGUGGCCCACGGAGAAAGCUGCGACUCAGGCCUCAUGCAGCUGGAUGUGGGCCUUCUGAGGGCUCAGCUCCGUGGAUCAAAGCUUAUUGACGCUCUGCGCAUCUACAGGCAAGGAUAUCCUGAUCACAUGGUGUUCUCUGAAUUCCGUCGCCGCUUCGAUGUGCUGGCACCCCACCUGACCAAAAAGCACGGGCGCCACUACAUCGUCACAGAUGAGAAGCGGGCUGUGGAGGAGCUGUUGGAGUCUCUGGACUUGGAGAACAGCAGUUACCACAUGGGCCUGAGCAGGGUGUUCUUCAGAGCUGGGACCCUGGCCAAACUGGAGGAGCAGAGGGACGUCCAGACCAGACGCAACAUCACCAUGUUCCAGGCUGCCUGCAGAGGAUAUCUGGCCAGACAGGCCUUCAAGAAGAGGAAGAUCCAGGACCUGGCUAUCCGCUGCAUCCAGAAAAACAUCAAGAAGAACAAGGGCGUGAAGGGCUGGCCCUGGUGGAAGGUGUUCACCACAGUACGCCCCCUUAUAGAGGUCCAGCUCACAGAGGAGCAGAUACGUGGCAAAGACGAGGAGAUCCAGCAGCUGAAAGGGAGGCUGGAGAAGGUGGAGAAGGAGAGGAACGAGCUGAGACUCAACAGUGACCGCCUGGAGAGCCGGAUCACAGAGCUGUCGUCGGAGCUGGCAGACGAGAGGAACACAGGAGAGUCGGCCUCUCAGCUGCUGGAGUCUGAGACCUCAGAGAGACUGAGACUGGAGAAAGACAUGAAGGACCUGCAGACUAAGUUUGACUCGAUGAAGAAGUCUAUGGACUCUAUGGAGAUGGAGGUGAUGGAGACCAGACUCCUCAGAGCCUCCGAGCUCAACGGAGAGAUGGACGACGACGACACAGGGGGAGAGUGGAGACUGAAGUAUGAGAGGGCCAUCAGAGAGAUCGAGUUCACCAAGAAGAGGCUCCAGCAGGAAUUUGAUGACAAGCUGGAGAUGGAGCAGCAGAACAAACGACAGCUGGAGAGGAGGCUAAGUGACCUCCAGGCAGACAAUGAAGAGGUGCAGCGUACGGCCCAGCAGCUGAAGAAGAAGUGUCAGAGAUUGACGGCUGAGCUACAGGACACCAAGCUACAUCUGGAAGGCCAGCAGAGCCGCAACCAUGACCUGGAGAAGAAACAGAGGAAGUUUGACUCAGAGCAGAACCUGUCUCAGGAGGAGGUUCAGAGGGAGAAGAAUAUUAGAGAGAUGCUGAGCAGAGAGAAGGACAUGCUGACUGGAGAGGUGUUCACCCUGCGACAGCAACUGCAGGACAAGGACCUGGAGAUGUGUGCGCAAAAUGUGAAGUUAGAACAGCUGGAGGCGGAGCUGCUGGACCUGUCGUCCCAGGAGACCAAGGAUGAGGCGUCGCUGUCCAAGGUGAAGAAGACGAUGCGUGACCUGGAGGCCAAGGUCAAAGACCAGGAAGAGGAGCUGGAUGAACAGGCCGGAACUAUACAGAUGCUGGAGCAGGCUAAGCUGCGUCUGGAGAUGGAGACAGAGAGACUGCGCCAGACACACUCCAAGGAGAUUGAAAGUAAAGACGAGGAGGUGGAGGAGAUCAGACAGUCCUGCAGUAAGAAGCUGAAGCAGAUAGAAGUCAGGCUGGAGGAGGAGUAUGAUGACAAACAGAAGGUUCUGCGUGAGAGGAGAGAACUGGAGACCAAGCUGCUGUCUUCCCAGGACCAGGUGAACCCCAGAGACGUGGAGUCAGAGAAGAGGCUGAGGAAGGAUCUGAAGCGAACCAAGGCCCUGCUGGCUGAUGCCCAGAUCAUGCUGGACCACAUGAAGAACAACGCCCCUAGCAAGAGAGAGAUUGCCCAGCUCAAAAACCAGCUGGAGGAGUCAGAGUUCACUUGCACGGCAGCAGUGAAGGCCCGUAAAUCUAUGGAGGUGGAGAUUGAGGACUUGCAUGUGCAGAUGGACGACAUCUCCAAAGCCAAACAGGCUCUGGAGGAGCAGUUGAGCAGGCUGCAGAGAGAGAAGAAUGAUCUGCAGUCUCGUAUGGAGGAGGACCAGGAGGAUAUGAACGAGCUCAUGAAGAAGCACAAGUCAGCUGUCUCCCAGUCAACUCAGAACCUAGCCCAGAUCUCUGACCUACAAGCCCAGCUGGAGGAGGCCCUCAAGCAGAAGCAGGAUGUCCAGGAGAAGCUCUCGGCACUGCAGAGCCAGCUGGAGUUCCAGGAGACUUCUAUGGUGGAGAAGUCUCUGGUCAGCAGGCAGGAGGCCAAGAUCCGAGAGAUGGAGACCAAGAUGGAAUUUGAGAAGACGCAGGUCAAACGCUUGGAGAGCCUGGUGGCCCGUCUGAAGGAGAACCUUGAGAAGCUAACAGAGGAGCGGGAUCACCGCAGCACCAGCGAGACCCGGGAGAAGGAGCAGAACAAGCGGCUCCAGAGACAGAUCAGAGAUGUCAAGGAGGAGAUGGGAGAGCUGGCCAAGAAGGAGGGAGAGGCCAGCCGCAAGAAACAUGAGUUGGAAAUGGAUAUUGAAAGCUUGGAGGCAGCCAAUCAGAGCCUGCAGGCGGACCUUAAACUAGCCUUCAAGAGGAUUGGUGACCUCCAGGCUGCCAUCGAAGAUGAGAUGGAGAGUGACGACAACGAGGACCUCAUUAACAGUGAGGGAGACUCAUCUGACUCGGAGGUGGAAGACCGUGUGGACGGGGUCAAGUCCUGGCUGUCCAAAAACAAAGGCUCGACCAAGAACCUCUCAGAUGACGGCAGCCUCAAGAGUGCCAGUCCUCCUAGCCGAAGACGGUUCUGCUUUGACAAAUCUGACGAAGAAGAGGUUGAAAAAGAAGGUGGUGCGUCCCGAGGGUCCUACCGCUCCAGAAACACACGGGGCAGCUACCUGAACAACAGUGACAGCGAAGACAAGCCCUCUGAGACAACAUAGUUCACACACACACACCAGCCAACAAACCCUGCAUGUUGAGAGGGCCCCUGUGGUGCUGUCAUCACACACAACCACUCUACUGUUCUUCUAACCCUGCAACAUGGCAAUGAUACUAUUACUAUCAUUAUUAUUCUACUGUUACAAAGCAGCUUGCAUUGCUAAGGUCUAGAGAAGGUGCCAUAGUACGUCAGUGUACAGUACACAACACUAAUGGUUUCUCUCGCUCUCCACUCCACUGGGCCAACCAUCUCUUAGUGUAUUUCACCAGUCACAUGUGACAAUGUCUCCAUCUUGGAUCUGGCCCCUCCAGUUGAACAGCACCUCCAUUAAUAAUGGCUUGUAUCUCCUGUCUCUGCUGGCUGCAUGAGGACAGCUGCUGCUUGGCUGGCGCCAUCGUCUCCUACUUCCUAGACUCUGUCAUCAUCAUCAUGGUUGUAACUGAGCCAAAGAACUAGCUAUGUUCCCUUGUGUUUUAUCACUGCAUCGGGGGACUAGAAAGACAAAAAUCGAACAAAAAAAGAUGGAGGAAAUAAGUACCAAAAAAAGCCUUUUUUUGCAAGUAGAUGUGUACUUCGUGUUAUUGCUUAUCAAGUAUAUGUGUACACUGUGUUAUUGCUUAUCUGAGUCCUGGUAAAAAGACCAGAGUUUUUUGGGGGGAGAAGUGCCGUUGAUAUACAGUACAUAGGGUCCUCUACAGCUGUGCUUAGAUUCUGGCUGCAGCGCCGUGCCACCCCCUGAAAGAAGACGCUUUCAUCGGCUCAUCUGCUUGUUUUCUAUUGCUUGUUUAAGCAGGAGAAUAAUGUUUCCUAACAGGAAGACAACAGAAGAGAGCUGCAGCACCAAACUGCUUUGUGAUGAAAGUUUAGCCCUUCUCUUCUUUUUUUCUUUUUGUUUUGAUGUUUGAAAGAAGAUCAUUUGUUUUCGAGAGUCCUGCCAUCAAGAAAAUGAAUUUCCAGGAGGUUGGAGCGUAGCAUACCCUAUGAAAUGCCUUGCCUUUUAUUUCAACUUGAAUUGAACUAAGUACUUUGCAGAAAUGCUUUUGGGGUGAGAGUCUUUGGCUCAGCUAUUUUUUUUCUUCUCUGUCGUUGUGGUUGUUGUUCUCAUGCUUUUCACUCGUUUUCUCUCCAUUUGAUGUUUGCUUUCCAAAGGGAACGAUAUUGAACACCAUGCUUUAUGAUGGUUUGCCUUUAGUUUAUAUCUCCUUCAACACCCACAUGUUUUCUUUUUCUGAUAAACCAUACUGGAUUACACAUGGUGAGGAUUUGGGGUCCUCAACCCGCAUGGUAAAUCCUCCUGUGUUGCAUCACCACUCUGUAAACUGGAUAUAAUACAUUCAAAUCCUUUUCAGUGUCUCUGAAGCCUAUUUGUCAUGUAGGAUUCAUCAGUAUUCUGUCCUGAACCAAUGCUACUGUUCAUAACAGAGCAGCAGUUUAACCAGGAAGAUAUUAAAGACCCAUGCUUUUACGGUUGCUUGGUGUUACAUUGAACCCUUCGGCUGUCUCUUUAGUAUUUAUGAAUUAGCGUUAAUGAAUUGAGCAGGCCUGCCAAAAUGUGUAUUAUCCACCUGUACAUGGCAAGUGGGGCUGACAGGAUUGUGUUGAUACUUUGCGUGAAGGGAGAAGUUUGGUGCGUUUGUAUUAUACAUGCCUUUUAAAGACAGAUCUAUCACCUUUUUCCUCUAUGCCAGGGUUUCCCAAACUCUGUCUUGGGGCCUGCCAGGGUUUACGUUUUGGUAUUUGCCUGGGCACUACACAGCUGAUUCAAAUAAUCAAAGCUUGAUGAUGAGAUUAUUAUUUGAAUCAGCUGUGUAGUGCUAGGGCAAAAAAGAAAGUGUGCACCUAGGGGGGCACCAGGACCAAGUUUGGGAAACCCUGCUCUAUGCAGUCAACAUGAGUUUUAAAAGGAAUUGUAAACUGUUUUAUGAUCUCGUUUUAUGAUACUCUUAAACCUGAGUCAUCAUAAAAACACCAGGCAAACAAAGAAAUGAGCCAACAUAACAUUGCUGACUGUACACAUUAAUAUUUAUAUAAAUAUCUGUACUGAUUCAUGCUAGCUUUCAAAAUAGUAUAUUUUUAUUUUCGUUAUUGAACAAAAUGACCACUUAUUAUGAGUAAUUUUGCAUUACAGUUUAAUAUAUUGUAAAUAAAUGAUGACUCAGACUGUAAUUUUAUUUUCUCUGUGGGUUUUUGUUUGACAUUUUCUGCAUUGGUGUUUCAGCCUCCAAGCUCCUAUCUGUCUUUUCAGACUUAAAUAUGCACAUUAGAAAAUAGUCUCCCACUUAACAUUUCUGGAGGGCAUACUGUGGUAUUUUUUUUAAUGAAAGGCAAAUAAAAAUAAAUUCUGUUC